AUGCAGAAAAUCACUGCACAUUCGAGAUGGCAAGUCUUCAGAGGGGAGAGCACCGAGCCGGAUGAUCUGGUGUUUACCGCUCGAACGUCGUCGAUGUUCCAACUCAAGACCAAGCUGCAUGUCUUCCUAGCGGGCAACAAAUCCGAAAGAACCUGCGACUAUCGGGUUGAAGGAAGCUGGGCGGCCCGAUCUUGCUCGAUCUAUGUCGGAGAGAGCAACUACAUGAUUGCCCAGAUGCACACGAAGCACACGAUCCAAAGCAUGGCGAUCGGAAGGGACACCUACGCGGUGACUGUCUAUCCCAACAUCGACCACGCUUUUAUAGUCGCGCUCGUCGCAAUUCUUAACGAGAUCGAUCACGACAAGAAAGACAAGGAGUAA